GUCAAAUUUAACAUAACAAACCAUAACCUCAAUAAACAAGUCAAUAAUUAGAAAUAAUGAAUAUGUAUAUAACGUAUAUAUUCACUUCACUGUAGUAAUAGAUAUGAGUUUCAUAUAAAAAAUGAUCAAGAAUCUCUUAAUCGUUAUUGGAUUUUUAAUUUUAGUUAUUGCAGUAUACUACCCAUCCAGACACGCUAGACGUUACGAUUAUAUUUCAGUCGAAGAUAUACCAAAUGAAUUAAAUUUACAUUGGCCCCAAUUUAUAGAUUACCACUUAAAAAAUUGUUCGUUACAAAAUAUUCUUGUAAAUAGCAAAGAAAUUGACAUAUCAUCUAUAACUAAAGAAAAAUAUUUCCAAAAACCUCUUACAGGGGGAGAAUUUAAACCAGACAGUUGCACACCUCUAGAAAAAUCAGCAAUAAUUGUACCAUAUCGAGAUAGACCAUAUCACUUGAAACAUUUUGUAAACUUUAUGCACUGGUACCUUCAGCAACAGAGUCUACAUUAUAGAAUAAUUGUCGUACAUCAAAAUGAUUCCUUGCCAUUUAACAGAGCAAAAAUGUUGAAUUACGGUGCAAAAUUUGCUAUUAGAUUAAACUAUCAUUGUUUAAUCCUCCACGAUGUUGAUCUCAUUCCUAUAAACACUGGAAAUAUUUAUGCUUGCUCAAAAAAACCCAGACAUAUGUCUAGCAGCCUUGAUACCUUCAGAUAUAACUUACCAUAUCUAACUCUGUUUGGGGGGGCAGUUUCUAUUACAUCUGAACAAUUUAUAAAGGUAAAUGGGAUGUCUAAUAUGUUUUAUGGUUGGGGUGGUGAAGAUGAUGAUUUCUACAGGCGUUUAACGUUAAAUAGUAUGGAACCUUGCAGAUUUUCACCAGAAAUUAGCAAAUAUACCAUGUUAAUUCAUAAGAAAGAACAGGCGAGUGAUAAAUAAAGUUGCACGGAGUAGACAGAAGCUCUCAUUGAUAAUUGUUGUAAGUUUCUAUAUUAAAAACAUAGAUAAAUUAUUAAUCUAUGGUCAUCAAAUACUAAUAUAUUCUUUGUUAUAUCCAUCAUAGAACAAAAAUGUAUGAAUAAAGUUGUUGGAUAUAAUCAUUUCUAUCAUACGUAUUCUUUAUGGCUGUGUCAUAAACCUAGUUUCCUAUUUCCAUGGAAAACUAUUACUUUAACUUAUUAGACAUAACCUCAAAACUGUCAAAAAUAACAUUUCGUAGACAUCGAUUUCAAUUUCUAUUAGUUUACUGUCACGUAGUGUAAGUAUUAACAUGAAAUUUGAGAAAUAAUUUAUGGCUUAUACAAAAUGAUAUAGUAAAUUAGUUUAUUUCUAUGAUUCUAUUUAUUUUUUCGCCGCUUUUGUGAUAAACAUAGUAUAUGUGCAAUUUCAUGAUGACGAUCGACAUGGACUUAUAGCGUGAAAUAAGGUCACGUGGUAUAAUUUCGACUGGAGCUCAUCUUAUAUUGAUGCAGCGUCAAAACUAAACAUUGUUCAGAUUUUUAAAUCUGGCAAAAACAACCUUUAUUAUCAGCUGUUUACUAGUAUUGUGAUGAAUGGAAUGGGAACUGAAUAUUCCAUAGUAUUAUAUCAAUAACUAACGAUAUAUUUAUAUACAUUUAUCGAUAAGAAUAAUUCACCCAGUAAAGCUGAGAAUUUAAUCAAGCAAUUAUUGAAUAAAUUAACUUUUGACAAAGGUGAUAUAUUUUUUCAAAGUUUUGAGGCUUGACGCUGCAUCAAUUUAAUUUGGCGCCUCAGUCGAAAUUAUACCACAUGACCUCAUUUGACGUUUUAAGCCAGCGUCUCUAGCUCUAGCAUCAACAUGAAAUUGCACUUUAAAAGUAGAAAGAAUCUCUGAUAGAUAAUUGUCAUAAGUUCAUCUACUCAAAACAUAGAUUAAUUAUUAAUCUAUGUUCAUCUACUCAAAACAUAGAUUAAUUAUUAAUCUAUGGUAAUAAAAUACUUCUAUUUUUAAUGUUAAACAUAUCUUUAACAAAAACUUCUCUGUUAUCAGCAUAUCUAAUUAAAAAAAUAAACAAAUAUCUUCAUAUUUAUCAGUCACAAUUUAUAUCAAUAAUUAAACUAUCAAUUGAGCUUAUUAAACAUAAUCUCUUUUACUCGAAACUAUCAAAAAUAACAUUUUGUAGACUUCUAGUUUCAACAUUCGUUCUACUUAACACGUAGUAGAAGUAUUAACUUAGAAUUUAGAAAAUUAAUUAACUAAUUAACAGGGUAGUAUAUUUAUGUAGUUAAAUAUUUAGAAUUAUAUAUUUAUUUCAACAUUCCUACAAAAGACUGUGUUACCAAACAGUUUUAUAAGAAUUUUAU